UAAAAAAUUAUCUGCAAAAUGUUAUGUGGUCGAACAUUUUAACUAAAAUUUCAAGACUUCUAUUCUCCCAGCUGAACGGCUUCUCUCCAACGCCAAAUAUCCCCUCUCCCUCAAGGGUUUCAUAAUGAACUUGGUUCACUCCAAUUGCAUACACAAAUCUCAAUUCUCAUCUUCACCUGUCUCUAUCCAUGGCGUCCCACCGCCACGAAUAAACAAGAAGAAGCUUUCGGCUUUCAGAGUUUCUAGUCUUGCCGCCUCAAUGACUGAAGUUUCGGUAGACAAUGGAACACUCAGGCGGAGUUUAACGACUUCCGUCAACUCCCAGAAUAAGGCGUUACCUUCGAGGAUGUCUAGCAGUGCUAUGGAACAACUUGAUUUCGAACGCGGUGUUUGCAUCCCCUUUCGCAAGUACUCUCCUGAGACAGUCAGAAAUAAGGUACUGGAGUCUCGAGGGGCGGUUGCAUCACUAAUUUUACGUGGUGUGGAGAUUGUGUGGAAUUUGGGUCUGUAUUGGUCUUCUUUGAUGUACGAUUGUUUGGUCGGAAGGGAUGAAGAGGUUGUUCCCUUUCGAGCUCGCCAACUCAGGAAUCUCCUAUGUGAUCUCGGACCAUCUUUUAUUAAAGCUGGCCAGGUUCUUGCCAACAGACCUGAUAUCAUCAGAGAAGAUUAUAUGAAUGAACUUUGCAUUCUUCAAGAUGAUGUUCCUCCUUUUCCCAAUCAGGUUGCUUUUAAAAUCAUUGAGGAAGAAUUGGGCCAACCCCUUGAAGCUGUAUUUAGCAAAAUUUCAUCGCAAACUAUAGCAGCUGCAAGCUUGGGUCAAGUUUACCGUGCGACACUUCGUUCUUCAGGAGAGGAUGUUGCAAUUAAGGUGCAGAGGCCACAGAUAGAACCUAUAAUCUAUCGUGAUCUUUUUCUAUUUCGAACACUUGCCUCCUUCUUAAAUGGAAUUAGCAUACAAAAAUUGGGCUGCAAUGCUGAACUAAUAGUUGAUGAAUUUGGUGAAAAGCUUUUGGAGGAGCUUGAUUAUACCUUGGAAGCCAGGAACAUUGAAGACUUCCUUGAGAACUUCAAAGAUGAUCCUACUGUUAAAAUUCCUCGGGCUUACAAACAAUUCUCUGGGUCACGUGUUUUGGUAAUGGAAUGGAUAGAUGGCAUUCGAUGCACUGACCCAAAGGCCAUCAAGGAUGCUGGAAUUGACGUAAAUGGAUUUCUAACAGUUGGAGUAAGCGCUGCUCUCCGGCAGUUGCUUGAAUUUGGGUUAUUUCAUGGAGAUCCACACCCUGGAAAUAUAUUUGCCUUGCGAGAUGGACGUAUUGCUUAUGUGGACUUUGGGAAUGUGGCUGUGCUUAGUCAGCAAAAUAAGCAGAUACUAAUUGAUGCUGUUGUCCAUGCUGUUAAUGAGGACUAUGCUGAAAUGGCAAAUGAUUUUACCAGACUUGGUUUCUUGGCUAGUGGAACUGAUGUCUCUCCUAUUAUUCCAGCUUUAGAAGCUAUCUGGCAGAAUUCUUCUGGAAAAGGACUUGCUGACUUUAAUUUCCGAAGUGUUACUGGGCAAUUCAACAAACUGGUUUAUAAUUAUCCCAUUAGGAUUCCAGAGAGGUUUUCUCUUGUUAUUCGUUCUUUAUUGACUCAGGAGGGUAUCUGUUUUAAACUCAAGCCAGAUUUUAAAUUUCUAGAGGUUGCUUACCCAUAUGUGGCAAAGCGCCUGUUAACAGAUCCUAAUCCAGCUCUUCGUGAACGCCUCAUACAGGUUCUUUUUAAAGAUGGUGUUUUCCAGUGGAAACGGCUAGAAAAUCUUAUUGUUCUUGCGAAGGAAAAUGUGGCCAAAAUGAGUAGUAACCCUGCACUGCAAGUGAAGAAGAGUGUGCCAAGUUCAAGAAGCUGGCAAACAGUAAGCAAAUUGGACUUGACAGACACCAUUAAAGACGGAGCUCGCCUUUUCCUCUUUGAUGAAGGUAUCCGUAGACAGCUUCUGCUUGCUCUGACUGAAGACUCUAAGCUCCAUGUUGAAGAGCUGGUGGAUGUCUAUAGACUGGUUGAAGAUGAUAUAGACGUACCAGCGGUGGCUAGGGAAAUUGUACGAGAUUUUCCAAAUGUUGUUCGGGAUUUCUUGCUUUCAUGGAGCAACUCGGUUUUAUCUGAUAGAUGAAGCAAAAUUUUGGCAGACAUUUAUUUUGUAUAGAUGAGUUCCAGUACACGUUGUGGAGCAAGAGAGCAGCUGGUUUAUUGAAACUGUGACAAGUGAAUAUGAAUGUUGUACCUUAUUGGAGUUGAUAGUUGUAUAUAAUAUAUA